AUGACUUCAUCGUCGUCGAGACCGAUCGGUCUUGCCGGACCAUCCGGGCAGGCUGUCGACGAUGCUGACAUUGUUCAGGAGAUGUACAGGCUGCUGGGCAAUCUUACUCGUAGCUUCGUGCCAGCAACGCGCAAGAAGCGUGAAGAGACCAAAGACGAACGAAGGGCGCGCAAGGAGCUCAAAGAUGCGCUGGACGACAUGGGGUACGACAUCAUCGAGCUGAAAGCCGAGUCGGGAUCCCUGGCGCGGCGAACAGAUCAGAGCGUGGUCGUCGACUCGAUUCGACGCAAAAUCAGCCGGUUGUCGGUGGACGGUGGAUACGAAUCCGCGAGCAGAUUUGCCAACAUCCUGUCUCGACUCGAAGGCUCGAGCGAGUUGCGUAACUUGCACGGCAUGCUUGAAUUGCUGGAUGCUCUCGCGUUUACCUCCAGCAACGCUGGAGCGCUCGCAACACCUGCCUCGCGCGCCGUAUCGUCCAGCACCAAUCGAAGAGAACCCGACGCGAGAGCAACCCCAUACACCAUCGCAGACACACCUGCUACCAGCGCACCCGCCACUGCACCGCCUACAGCGGUUGGUCGCAAUGUCGAUAAUCAAGCGGCCGGCAGCAGGGCGGCAACAUCACGGUCCCGAGCAGCUGGCGCAGAGCCGCUGCCCUCGAAUCCGUCAAGAGCAACACCAGAUCCACGUUCAGCACCAAGCCCACUGCCGCCUACCAAGCAGUUCAUCUCCGCCUGUGACCUUCACGGCAACAAUCAAGCCAUUUCCAAGGCGCAGCUGUUGCGAAACUUGAGACAGCAGCUCGGCAAGAAGCAGAUACCCGAAGACGAGCUACUGCAAGACGUCAUCUUUCUUAUGCAAGGGAUCAACGGGCGCCAUGUCCGUUUCCAGGAAGAGUUCCAAUACGAUGGAGUGGCAGGAUUGGAAGGCGAGGCCGCGGGUCCCGCCAAAGUGGUCAGAGUGGUGUUCAACGAAGGCGAGGCGGGCUACAUCAAUGCUCCCACCAAGCGCAUCGUACAUCGCCUCGCGGAACUCGGCCAGCUGUACAAGAGGGUCUCGGAGUUCAGCCAGCAGAGAAGCACGAUGCCUGCGUCCGGUCUCAUCAUGCAGAGUCUUUGCCACUUCAUCUCGAACGAGCUGACGGGCUUCUACCGACUCGUAGCCAGCCUCGAAGCGCAGCUGAACACUCGGGGCAAAAGCACCGCCGGCACAGGCGACAAUGCUGACGGCCAAGGCCUCACCGGCACAGAAGCAGCUACCACGUACGUCACGCUCAAACGUCUCUCGUUAUGGACAGAGGAGAUGACGCUCCGCUUCCGGCUCAUGAGCACCAUCAUCGAGAGCUGUCAAGACGCACAUGGAGGAUCGCUCGUCUCCUUGAUCCAUUCCUAUACCUUCAACGGCGACCCCUUCAUCCGACGCUUCACCUCGGGCCUGCUGGAUGAGGUCUCGAAGCCCUUCUUCCACUCGCUCUCGCUGUGGAUCUACGAAGGCGAGCUGCAAGAUCCGUUCCGAGAAUUCUUUGUUGAGCUCAAUGAUGAUCCGCGCAAAGCCGGUCCGAGUCGCGCCAACUCGAGCGGCGCGGACGGUGACCUGCCCAGCUUCAGCGAUCUCGACGGCGACGCUGCGUCGCUGUGGCAGAACAAGUUCGUUUUCCGCAAGGACAUGCUGCCGAGCUUCUUGCAAGAGUCGUUCGGUCGCAAGAUCUUUUCGACCGGCAAGAGUCUCAACUUCAUUCGACAGAGCUGCGGCGACGGCGACUGGGUUGCGACCCGGCAUACCAUCUCAGGUCCAGGUGCGGAGCUGCGAUACACCGACUUGACUGGGCUCGAGAGCACGAUCGAGAGGGCAUUCACGAGUGCCAGCAAGCGACUCUUGGACAUCUUCCUGGACGAAUUUAGGCUGCUAGAGCACCUCCGCGCGCUCAAGGACUACCUCAUGCUGGCUCGUGGCGACUUUGUCGACUUGCUGAUGGCGUCUCUGGGACCCAGCUUGAAUCGCCCAGCCAACUCGCUGUUCCGCCACAACCUCACUGCCUCGCUGGAGACAGCGAUUCGUGGUUCGAAUGCGCAGCACGACGAUGCCGAGAUCCUCCGUCGACUCGACGCUCGCAUCCUCGAGUUCAGCACGGGCGACACAGGAUGGGACACGUUCACGCUCGAAUACAAGCUCGACUCGCCGGUCAACACGGUGCUCGACAACCAGGCCAUGAUUGGGUAUCAGACCAUCUUUACGCACCUGUGGAAGAUCAAGCGGGUGGAGCUGGCGCUCAACUCGAGCUGGCUCCGGUUGCAUGAGACGGGCACAUCGUUGUGCAGGAUCAAGCGGGGUACUGCCCCCGUGGAAUUGACGGACCUGCGAAGGGAAUCGCAGCGGACCAUGCUCAUGCUGUCCGAGAUGAUCCAUUUCAUUCGUCAGAUGCAAGGAUUCGCGCAGCUCGAGGUGAUCGAAUACUCGUGGAACGACUUGCUGACGUUCUUCUCGCGACGUCAGGGAGAUCUGGACGAGCUGAUCGAGAGCCACCGUGCGUACCUCAAUGCUCUGAUCGGCAAGGUGCUGCUUCGAGGAGGCAAGAGGGGAUCACAAGACUACCUGGCUGGCGAGCUGAGGUCGCAAUUCGACUCGAUCCUCGCCUUCACGGUGGCUUGCGAUGACCUGACCCAUCUCAGCACGCGUGAGCUGGCGCGCUUCGACAUGGAGCGCGGCGUCAACAUGGCACCUACCGAACGCGGGGCUCGAUCGCGCACUGUCUCGACGACCGUCGCGUCGACUGCAACAGCGUCGGCGCUCGCACCGAGCGAUCCUGCCGAGCUAGCACGCAUCAGCAAGCGGCUGCACGAGGCUUCUUCGGCGUUCCAAGAGAGGAUGGUGCUGAUCGUGGGUGCGCUCGAGAAGCACGCCAACCUGACGGUGCGCGAUCUGGCGGUGCGCCUCAAUUUCAACGGUCGAUACGAACUGACGGCUCAUCGAUCGAGCGGCGCAGCGAACGCGUCGACGACGUCGGGACCUGCUUUGCAGAAUCGCAAGAAGGAUGCGGCUGCAGCGCCGGUUGCUGCCACGUCUUGA